AUGCUGCCGACGGACCCGGCGACGUCACCGGCGCCGCGUGCGAGCAAAGAGACGAAGCGAGGCGACGCCGCCAAGCGCAAGUUGGGCACGCGACUCCGCCAGCUACGCUACGUCGCGCAGAAGCGAGAGCACCUCGAGCACCUCGAGGGCUCGGUCCAGCAACUGCACUGCCAUGUUGCGCGCUGCGAAGGGCAGCUCGAGGUCUUGCGCGCGGUCAAUGCGCCCCACGACAGCGCGCUCAGCACCGCCGUCGAGUUCUUCGCAUCGUUUCGGCAUGGCUACCAAGUGCAUCGCCCGCACAUGCAAGCGAACCAAGACGCCUUCCUUCACAGCGUCAUGCGCCAUGACUUGCUCUUUAUGAACGAGAGAGGCAUCGAAAAGCUCUUUGCCCAGUGGCGGGCCUCCCACGCCAUCUUCCCGUCCAUUGAGAUGGUACCCACGGGCUUCGACGUGCGCGCGUGCGACGACGCGUACCUCGUGGUGGCCCCGGGCGUGCUGCACCUUCGCAUUUCACGCAUGUCGCUCCAGUGUCUCUGUCCGCACGUCUUGCAGAACGAGUGGCUCGUUCAGCGCUUAUUGGGACAAGUGCUCUCGAUGCCGAUCGUCAACACAUUUCACUUUCUUCCAGACGGUUCGAUCACGCGCAUGGACACAGCUGCCAGCAUUGUCCCCGCCUUGCUCGCGCUCGUCGGCGCCGAAAACGCGCUCCUCAUUGUUGACGGAGCAAAGAUACAAGCCAACGGCGAGCUCACGAUACCUUGA